AGUAAUGAAUAAAUAAAGAGAUAAAUUAAGUCUCUUUUCACAAAACGGCGAAAAUAAGGAAGACACACAGUUGAAGCACUCGUUCGUACACACACACACACACACAAAGGUCUCUCUUUUUUCCCUUCUCUUCUCUUCUCUUUCUCUCUAGGGUUUGAUUCUUUGAUUCUUCCUUCUCUGCCUCUCAUUUGCUUCUCCGAAUUGCGGCUUACACUCCUUCGUUAUCUUCUGUUCGUUUUCAAAACCCUAAUUUUCUUACAGUGUUCUCUGUUCAGUCGCUGGUUCCUGUACGGAAACGUCGCCAAAGGAUCUCUUCCGUGGAGUUGAAGAAAUUGAAAGGAAUGGAGGAAGUAAAGGUUGAGGACGAGAUAAAGCUUUGUGAUCUGAAAAAAGAGAAUCUUCGUAAAACGAUGGAGAAGAUUAAGUCUCAAGCCUCGGAUGUACUUAUCUUGAAUCUUCAGUGGUGUGAUUUGGAGGAUCAUUUGAAAUCAGCGGGGGAUAAGGUAGAGAAGAGGUUUAGGGAGUUGGUGUCCAAGGAGGUUGAGUUUGAGACGCGAAAUUUUGCUCUUGAAGAAAGGGUUAAAGUGGUUGAAGCGGCGGAAGCUGUGAUGGGUGAUGUGGAGAUGAAAGCUAAUGGCUUUAGGAGUGAAAUUGAAGAUAAAAAAGAGGAAUUGGCUUCUCUUAGGAAGUCGCUGGAAGAGUGUAAUGUUGAGCACAGGUCAAAGACAGGUCAACUUAAUGAGUUGGUGGAAUUGUUGAGAAAGACUCAGGUUGAUCUUGAUUUGCGGGGGGAACAGUUAAGUGGGAUGGUGACUGAUCUUGAGAGAUAUCGUGUUGAGUUAAACGCAGAGAAGGAGCAUUUGUGUAGGACUAAGAAUGACAGGAGAGAAUUGGAAGUGGAGUUAGAGGGGAAGAGGAAAGCUCUCACAUUGGUUCUGGAUAAAAUUGUUGAAUGUGAUAAGCUGUUUGAGACACGGUCCUCGGAACUAAUAAAGACUCAGGGUGAGGUUGAGUUAAAAGCGGAACAAUUACAACAGAUGAAUGUUGAUCUUGAGAGAUAUCGUGUUGAGGUCAGCUCAGAGAAGGAGUGUUUGGCUAGGACUCAAACUAACAGGAAAGCAUUAGAAGAGGAAAUAGAGGGAAAGAAUAAGGAUCUCAAAUUGGUUGUCGAUGAAAUUGCUAAUACUGAGAAGCUGUUUGAGACACGGACCUCGGAGAUGAUAAAGACUCAGGGGGAGGUUGAAUCGAAAUGGAAACAAUUAGAACAGAUGAAUAUUGAUCUUCAGAGGCACCGUGACGAGAUCAGCGCAGAGAUGGAACAUCUUGUUAGGAGUCAAACUCGCAAUAGAGAGUUGGAGGAGGAAAUAGAGAGAAAGAAAAAGGAUCUUACAGCGGUUCUCGAUAAAAUUGGAGAGUAUGGGAAGCAGCUUGAGUCGGUGGAAGAGCGACUAGCUUCUCAGCAGAAGCUGUUUCAGACACGGUCUCUGGAACUUGUUUCUAAAAAGAAAGAGUUGGAUGGACUGAGUCUGGACCUUGACCUGGCCAACUCACUAAACAACGAGAUGAAAGAGAUAUGUCAACAGGUUAAAUCAAAGGGUAAGGAGUUGGAGAAGAUUGAAAGGCUGAUUCAGGAACGGACUGGUCACAAUGAGUCAAUCAAAAUGCUCCUCGAGGAACACAGUGAAGAACUUGCUUCUAAAGAGAAGAAACACAGUGAGAUAACUGAGGAGAUUCGUAAACUAUCUUUAGAGAUUGUCACUAAAGAGAAAACUAUCCAGCAACUCUCUGAGAAACAACAUUCAAAACAGAACAAACUGGAUUCGACUGAAAAACAUCUAGAAAAAUCCACUGCAGAAUUUGUUUCCAAGGAAAAGGAACUUUGCGCUGUGAAAGAUACAUACAGAGAGUGUCUCCAAAACUGGGAAAUGAAAGAGAAGGAGUUAAAGUCGUUACAAGAAGAGGCUAAAAAGAUUCAAGACAGCUUCCAAUCUAAAGAGGCAGAGCAAGUCAAACUAAAAGCAUCGUUGAUAGAGCGUGAAAAAGAACUUGGAAUGAAGGAGAAGCAAGUUCGUGUUCGCUCAGAAAAUAUUGAACGGAAAGAGAAAAAACUUGAUGCUCGGGAGGAAAGGAUUGAUAAAAAAAAUGAGCAACUGAAAUCCACAGAACAAAAGUUGGCUAAAUGCGUUAAGGAUUAUGAGCUGGAAGCAAAGAAACUUGCCAGCUUUUGUCAGCAAAACAACCCUGAUCAACGAGUUGACUUGGUACGUGACGCUGGUAUACGUGACGAGAAAAGUUUGCAGUUAGUCUUACAUGGGCAUCUGAGGAAAUGUCGUCAGCUUCACCUUGAUGUUUUGUGUGCUCUAAAAGCCUCUUCUGACCCGGCAAAGCUUGUGUUAGUCACAAUACAGGAGCUUCAUGAAAGGACGGCAAUAACAAAGCUUGAACCAGAUAGUGUUAGAAGGAGUAGCAUUUGUUUGCUGGAAUGCUUAAUGGAUAUGUCACCAGAACCCAAGACUGAUGUACAGGGAGAAGCUAUCAAAUCAGCCACUGAAUGGAAGAAGACAACACUGGUCAAGGCAGAAAAUCCAGUGGCGGUUUUGGGUUUUCUGCACUUUCUAGCUGCAUUUAGUUUGGCAUACACUUUUGAUGCUGACAAAGUCCAAAAUCUGUUUGAUGCCGCCUUUCUUUGCCAAUACGCUCCGAGUCUGUGUGAGGCUCUUGGAGUAUCAUCUUUAGCACCUGUCAACACUCUACUAUCUUCAUUGGAUGAUAAGCCUGAACAGCACCCUGAAGCACCAGGCAGAAAUAGUCGUAAUUCUCCCCACCCGGAUGUCCAAGAAAACAUAGCAUCAUCUGAUUUGGGUAAUGAAGAUGCUCUUUGGGACCCUGAGGUCUCAGCUUCUUUUUCGCCGAAUGAGGUCUUUACUGGACUUCAAGUUAUGACAGAUCCAGCCGGGUAUGUUCUAAAUUUGGUGAACGAUGAACUCAUGGGUGCUCAGCAGAGAGGGGAGUUGAGUUUGAAAGAGCCUAUAGUUAAGCAUUUGGUUUCCCUUUUGGAUGUGCUGCCACGUGUUGUAAGAUCUAGCAAACAUCUACUGUCAGAUGCAUUACAAGUGGCAAAUCGAUGGAGCCUGAUGAUGGGAAAUAGUGCUCAGAUGUCACCGCUUGAAGCUUGGGGCUUUCUGCAACUCAUUGUGGCGUAUAACUUAGUGCAGAGAACAGAUCGAGAUAGUACGUUACGAUUUGCCAUGAAUGUUGCUCAUUUCAAACAGGCUCCGAAACUCUUUGAAUCUCUUGGUCUUCGUUAUGCCAUCUCAGGCUUGGUCAGACAACUCCUAGACGAACGCCAAUAUUUUCUGGCAAUCCGCUAUGUAUUUUAUUUCAACCUGAAGUGCAGCUUUUCUCCCCUAGUGUUCUUGAAAGAAGAGAUCAUCAAUCUUAGACGCUCUCCCAAGGAUAAGAGAAGAUUUGAUUCACAGGCUGAAGACAGAGAUGGUGCAAAACUGAGAGAGAUAAUUGAACUCAUUGAAGAGUUCCAACUGGAAAUCGAUCUUCCUGUGGACCUUAUCGUCAAAUUCAUGGUUCCGCGGGGAAUUCAAAAUCAGAAUCAAUAUGCGGUCUCAUCAUUUGCCCCAGUUCAACCUCCGCAGCUUCAUAUGCAGGCUUCACAUACAGUCAUUAAAAGCUCAUACAUCACCACUCAGGGCUCGAACCCAACCUAUCCUACCAGCGGUAGUGGAUCACCAAAUCAACAGGUCCUAGACAACUUGGAAACAUAUCAAGCUGGUAGUUCAAGUGUGUACUAUGGUCAAUCUUCACACCAGGCUGGUUUUAAACGCCCAAGGAUGGAUCCUGCGGUUUCUAGACCUUUGAUUAGACCUUGCUUCAAUCCAUCUAGCUAUGACAGCAGAUUCUAAGUCUUAAGUCUGAAGCUAGUACUUAGAAAAGUAAAAUACUAAGGUAUAGUUUGGUAUUUUGGUCUAGAUUGGUUUGUGGUUAAUAGCUCUUAAUCCUUUUGUAAAGUCUAAUGUAGAAAGAAAAAAAACAAGAAUAUGCAGAGGGAACAUCCUCAUGUAUGGGAAUGCUUUUAUUCUUCAAGAUCUCUUUACAUAUAAA